AUAUAGAAGCAUUAUCACAAGGAUUAAAAGAAAGAAAAUCACAUGAAACAUACCAAGAAAAGUUAUUCAAAAUAACUCAAUGGUAUGAUAAACAAAAUGAAGAAACUCAAAGAACAUAUACCCAAGAUUUAGAUAAAAGAGAAACAAGACAUAUCAAGAACUUAGAAGAUAAUGCAGAAAUAGAAAUAUUAACUAAUCAGAAAAGGUUAGAUAUAGUAGCAAGGCAGAAAAAACAGGAAGAUAAAACAAAAAGAAAACAAAUUGAACGAAAAACAUACAAAGCAACAACAAGUAGUGUAAGUGAAGCAAGCUCCUCAUGGAAUGAUGACUCUGCUAUAGAAGAUGCAAAGUUCCAAGAUCAACAUGACAAAUUUACAAAGCAAAAUUUAGAAAAUAGGGAUCUUAAAGAUCUUACGUGA